GUAAGUGGCUUGGGAGAAGCUGCACUAUUGUCUCAGGCAUCCUCUCCAGUCACCAGCGUCAUAAGCUUUCCAACACAAACGAGUAAAAGAACAUCAUGUAACUUGAAUUCCGAGAGACAGCAUAUCCACCACUAUGGAUUCCGAGUAUCGCCUCAAUUUUGGCAGACACAAGGGGAAAACGCUUUCGUCGGUCCCCUCAAGCUUUAUCGACUGGCUUCAUGAAGAUAACGUAGCUGCAAAGCGCCCAGAGCUCAAACGCGCCCUUCAACUCCUUUCAAACCCCUCGAGGCAGACACCACAGAAACGUCUUCAUUCGUCCUUAGCUGAUGAAGAUACGCCCUCCAAGAAGGCAAAGAACGAACGAGACGCGCCACAAUUGACCCCAUCGAGCGAGAACAAAGAAAAUGAUCUGGACAAGCAAGAGGAAAAGGAGGACAAGACAUACGUCAUCCACUUUGGAAAGUACAAAGGCGAAAAGCUAUCGAAUGUACCAUCUGGCUACCUCAUGUUGUGGAUGAAUAAGGGGACCUCAAACCCCUUCAUGAAUACCCCCAAAUCAAAAGCGGCCUGGGAGCGGUACUGGAAAGACUACUCUCCAACUUCUCCGGCACUCGUUGAAGCUCUCCGGAAAAGUGGUUGGACCCCUCCUGCCCUUCAUUCCGCUCCUGCAAAAUUCCGAGACGAUAAUUCAGAUCCAUUAUGGGUUGCGGAAUUUCACGCUAGGAAAACAUUUAGCGUUAUACAAGGAUACUUGGAUACGCUGCCUGUUGUCAACAAGAAUGAUAACAGGAAGGGUAGGUACUGGCUAUACCACAUCUGGGAUUUGGUGCGGUUUACCAAGUCCGAGGCAUAUGCGGACACAGCGCUGUAUAAAUUCAAGCAACAGCACCAUGAAUGGAUUGAGGAUAGAUGGGCCGGCAUGGGCUUGGGUGCUUGUCUUGUGUGAGAGAUUUUGUGAGG